AAUCUCUCCCCUAGAAUCAAGAUUUUUUUUUUGAAAAAACAGGAAUUUCUGGUUGGGAAACCACCCUAAAAUUUACUCCUUCACUCUUUUCCGCUAUCCAUCUUCGCUGUACUAUAUCGGCAAAAAUGCUAAGAGCUGCAACAUAUGUAUCUUCUCAUUUUCCGGCCGUUACCACUCCGGCGACUUUACUGGCUUUAUCCGCUGCCAGACUCUCCGUCCGUUCCACUCUCAGCCUAGCAGUUGCAGGAGCAUCCUCCUUGCACUGUGCAGUAAGCCGCCGAUUCCCCGUGCUCCCGAGGAUCAGCUUCUCACCCAUUCCGCACCGCCGGACCUGUUAUAAUGCCUUCAGUGCUACAUUCAAUGCUGGAAGUAGUUCAGGAGAAAACAGGGAAAUAUUAGUCCAACAUUUGCUUGUGAAAGAAGAUGACCAAAGGCUCUUGCUAGAUCUUCUGAAGAGAAUUGCAAAAGGCGAGGAUCUUAGCAACCUGGCUGUGGAAUAUUCCAUUUGCCCAUCAAAAGAAAAAGGGGGGAUGCUUGGUUGGGUGAGGAAGGGGCAAAUGGUGCCAGAGUUUGAGGAAGCUGCAUUUCAUGCACCCAUUAACAAGGUUGUCCGGUGCAAAACACAGUUUGGGUGGCAUUUGUUGCAGGUUCUAUCCGAGAGGGAAAAAUCUAUUCUUGAACACAUCCAGCCAGAUGAGCUUUACAUGAAACUGCAAGAUCCCACUUUCAUGGAAGAUGCUCAAUUGAUUGAUGUUCGGGAACCAGAAGAAGUAGCCCAAGCACAUCUUCCAGGCUUUCAGGUUCUUCCACUUCGCCAGUUUGGAAAUUGGGGACCAGAAAUUACGACUAAGUUUGAUCCUCAGAAGGAUACUUAUGUUCUGUGUCACCAUGGCAUGCGGUCUUUGCAAGUGGCCAAUUGGUUGCAGACACAGGGGUUUAGGAGAGUGUUUAAUGUUGCUGGAGGAAUUCAUGAGUAUGCUUUGAAGGUGGAUCAAUCAAUCCCAACUUACUGAGGCUGGCUUUUUCUCCACACCUAUGUUUUUUUUAGGUUUCGUUAUUGGGGGGNUUAUUCUGGGCUUUGUUGUUGUAGAAAAGUUCAUUUUGCCGAAAUAAUGUGGAAAAUGGACAAGAUUCUAUCCUACAAACUGUAGGUACAAAAACACUUGGAGCAUCUCCAAGCAAAAAAAUUGAGAUUCUAUAUCCUUGUAUCAGCAUUUCUACAGUGAUUUAGAGGUUAAUUUAUUUCAAUCAAUUCCAAUGGCAAAU